AUGGAUCCUCGCAAUGUUAACGAAGCGACAUUGGAAGAAGCAAUUCAAAUCAGCAGAGACCUCGAAGAGGGAUACCGAACAGUCGCAAACCCACCGCCAACUCGACCUAGGCUCUGGGAUAACUUUGUCGAUAUUGAACUGGAUGACGAUACGUCGAGUGAGGAUAUCGAGGGACAUGAGUACCGGAUCAUGUAUCCGCAGCCUGUGACGAGGUCAGGAAAGGCGGCUGGGUGCUGUUUUAUCGGCUGUACGCUCACUUUGGCAUUACUUGUUAUUGCUUUCUUGGUUAUUUUUGUUCUUGCAAUGGUCGAGGCUGUCAAGGAAGGCAACGCGAAAAAGAUACCGCAUUAG